AUGACUAUCCCCCUCAUUCUGCAGCACCGCCUAGAUGCAGAGCUGGGGAAGAAGACGAAUGCCGCCGCCAAGGUGUUCGCCCCUUACUGGCCCCUCCGGCCCACGUCGCCGGAUAUCGUGCAACUGGCGCCGUGGGCUGGAGACCGACUCUAGUCUGGAUUCAUGACGAACUUCAACUGGCGCUUGAGAAUGGUGCCGUACUAUCAAGAUGAGAACUCAACCCUCGAGCUCAGCCCAAUUCAGAUGGUGGACGUCACCUCCAUCAAUUCAUUGCUGAACUCUGUAAUCCAAAACGCCAACGCCACUAUUGGGUGUGCUAGGCAGCGUCUGGCGCUAAUGAUUCACUUCAUGGGCAACAUCCACCAACUGCUGCACGAUACGACGAUGUUUUCCAACGAGUACCGGCAGAGCAACGACAGCAUCAAUGCGCAGACAGUUACCAUUGACUUUAAGGAGGCGAAGAUACCGGUGCACGCGUACUGGGAUUCCAUAGCGGAGGACCCCGCGGCUGGGGACUAUCUGCGGCUAUGGAGCAAAGAAUACUACGCAAGUCUGAACGUCUUCUCUAACAAUCUGGAAGUGGCGUAUGCGAGCAACCAGAAAGACGCGCUGUGCAGAGGCGGUAGCCGAAUAUUUCAGUGCACCCCCCUCUUCAGUUCAUCAUUGGUUGGAAUUUGUUUUCUUCGUCCCCUCCCUAACCCCGUCCUCUACGAUGUUGGCUAUGCUCGUCUCUCUCCACACACAAACAGAAGCUCGUAA